UACCAUCUACUCUAGCUAGUAGUAGGAGCUUUGCCCUCGCAAAACUGGCUGCGUGCUCCAACGCUCGCGAGUGUUUUGAUAGCUUGGAGGUUGCGCUAAUUCAUCUCUAACUCUAACACUCCAUUUUCGCAACGGUAACUUCAUAACGCCAAACGCUUUAAAUACAUCGGACAGAAACCUAAGAAAUUGCCGGGCAUGCGCAAGAAGCGAGGAUACUUAUACUAAUCGGCGAAAAUGAGUGGGCGGUUGGAUUGGAGGGACAAAUCUGAGGAUCAGAAAAAUAGAAGGCACACAAAUCAACUGUUUUCGUGCGCUUGCCCACAACCAGAGAAGUAUUGAGCUUUAGAUUGCACUUCAUCCUUCAUCAGUUCCCUUAAGAUCUUGAAAAUGCUCCGCUCUAUUAGUUUGCUUCUUGCCUUUAUCGCCGCUGCUGGCGCCAAGACUAUUGUCCCUGAUUUUGAUGUCAAGGCCGAUUCCAAGCUUGGCAAGAAAUUGCUCUCCAAGGCUCGUGCUUUGAACGAAGAACGAGACUGGACUUGGGUUGCCAACUAUUCCAUCAAGUACCGUGGAUGCGCUAGCAUUGUGAGUUUGGCCAAUGAGGAAAACGGCGGUGGCGAGGGAAGUCCCCUCUACACCCAGAACUUGGUCAAGUUCUCGCUAUGUCCUGCUGACGCCACCUGCGAUACCUGCAAGGGAGGUUCGGACUAUGUUGUCAGCAUGAUGGAGUUCCUUGACGCCUGGACUGAGUGGCAGAUGAACGCCCUCGAGAGGACUUGUGAAAACAUUCGAGAAAACUGCUACUGUAACAACAAUUACAACGACGAUGAGGCUUGCGAGAACCAAUGCUUCAAUGAAGCCGAGAUGACUGAAUGUAUCCAGUAUGAAGGAGACGAAGAAUUCGAAGUGCAACGAUACCUGGAAUGUGCUGAGAUGGAAGACGGCAACAACAAUAACAACAACAACAACAACAAUGGAGGAAACGGCAAUGGAUGGUAUGGACAAUACUACAUCGGACCCUACUGCUCCGAGAAGGACGGAUACUCUAUCCACCUUGGUCUCUUCUACGAUGAAGGUUGCUCCGCUCGCGCCGACGCAAGCACUUAUGCUGACCAACACUACGGAGUCGCUUUGCCAUUCUCUGAAGAAGCCAUUGUCAAGGAUGAAUGCAUCUCUUGUAUGCAAGUCGAUGAAGACGACAACAACAAUAAUAACAACAACAAUAACAACAACCAGAAUGGAAACAACUACUAUUACUACCAAGACCUCGAAGUGAACGAGUUGUGCGAAGCUGUCUACGAGCCAGCUGCCAAGUGCGAGUCCAACUUGGAUGUCACCUGGCCCGACACCGCAGGAUGCGAGUACAUCCAAAACAUCCUGCCCCGUCUCGAGAAGGCCACUCGUGGAGCCAGCUCACGCUCAAGCAGUUCAGCUUCAAGCGGCGGUGCUGCUGUUGGUUUUGCAUGGGUUUUUGCCAUCUCCACCAUCAUCUUUGCUUCCUACGCGUUCUUCCUCUACAGAAAACUUGACCGCAACCGAGUUGACCUGUCGAGCGCCGAUGGUGCUCUUGCCUAAGGUGGUUUGAUGCUGGCUGGUGUCCGAGUUGUUUGGAACUUGGGUGGCUUUGCUUGUAUCAUUUGCGCCUUGCUUGUGAACAGACUUGUGGUAUGUAGAGCAUGUUAAAACUAAACACAAAAACUUAUAAUGGAUGUCAAAAUCAGGAUU